UCAAUUUCUCUCUCUCUCUCUCUCUCUGUCUCUCUCUCUCUCUCUUCCCCCUUUGGAGAGUCGGUCAAACUAAACGCAACAACGCCCUUAACUUUGUGGCACCUGGAAAACCCUUUCAUCAAAGCAUUUCGUGCUGAGGCGAUUAGGGUUUUCUCUGGUUCCGAUUCAGUUCGCUCCAAAUUUCUAUUUUCUUUUCCGAGGGGUUGUAGUGGUUAGAAGAUGCAGGGGGGCAGAGGCGGUCCAGGUGGCAGGAGUCCUUUCUCUGAUUUCAAUGAUCCGUUUGCUGGUUUUGGGGGGUUUGGUGGAUUUGGGGGUCAGAGGAGUUUGAUUUCUAACCUUUUUGGAGGAAGGGAUCCAUUUGAUGACCCUUUCUUCACUCGCCCAUUUGGAGGUAUGUCCCCGUUGGGAGGUAUGGCCCCGUUGGGAGGUAUGUCCCCGUUUGGAGGUAUGCCCCCGUUUGGAGGUAUGCCCCCAUUUGGGGGGCUGUUGGAGUCGAGUUUUUUUGGUCCAGGUGGAGGCAAUUUUCCAGAUAUGCAGCCAACUGGGUUCAUUGAGCAUCAGGCUCCAGAGCCUAAGAGACCAAGGGGCCCAAUCAUUGAGGAAAUAGACUCUGAUCAUGAAAAUGAAGAUGCUGAUAAUGAAAAAAAAGAAAAUCCUCGAAAACGCAGUGGACCGAGCAAUGAACCUUAUGUUGAGGAUCCUGAUGAUGAAGUUGAAGAGAAGAGCAGCAAGCAUUUGCAGCAUAGGGACAACUAUAACCGGUAUAAUGCUAUGCAAUCCCAGCCUCAAGCUCAGAGCUUCACAUUUCAGAGCUCCAGUGUCUCUUAUGGUGGUGCCAAUGGUGCAUAUUAUACUUCAUCCAAGACAAGAAGGAUGGGGAGUGAUGGGUUGGCUUUUGAAGAAAGUAAGGAAGCUGAUACUACUUCUGGGAAGGCAACACACAGGGUAUCUAAGGGGCUCCGCAAUAAGGGCCAUUCAAUUACUAGGAAGCUCAAAACAGACGGUAAGGUGGAUACAAUGCAGACCUUGCACAAUCUUAACGAAGAUGAGAUUUCCGGUUUUGAAGAAGCAUGGAAAGGAACUGCUAAAAAACGUUUGCCUGGAUGGACUGAUAAAUUUGGUGGUUACGAAAAUCUAGGAGCUAGCAGCAGUGGACGUGAGGAGGCUAGUCGGGGAGGUUGGGCGCUUCCUUCCAACGAGAGUUCACAGAACCCUGGAAAUAUGAUGUCAGAUGCCAAAGAGAAGGCAGGAUCUUCUCACUCGAACCAGUCUGGUAGGAUGAGAGCAGAUGUUAGGGACAAGAAUGGUUAUUCCCGUGGGAAAGCAAGAGAUUAGAGCUAGCGCAACGGGGCUUAUUAUGUCUGUCUUCCGAUCCUUGUUUUUACCUCCUAGUAGCAUAUUUUGAGCUCAUAGCGGCAGGACGUCAGCUAGUAGUAGUGUGCUCUUGUAUACUGUUUAUUUUUAAUUGAUGCCAUUUGAAAUGGGAUGAUGGUUCUGUAGGCUUUAAUAUCCAUCGAAUGCCCUUGAAUCUUGAUUAAACGGGGACUUAACUGUUGCGGAUUCUUGUAGUAAUGCGAGCUGAGGUUUUGUCGCCAAUUUUUGAUGCAUUUUAACGUCAAUUCUUUAAUGGCAUCAAAUUCCUGA